GGAGCACACGAAAGCAGCACUACCAAAGCGGUCAAAGGCCAGGGACACACUACGCUCUUUUUAUUUUUGUUAGUUUUAUAUUCUACGAUGGAUUCCCAACCUCCACCAAAACCAUGGGAAAGACGUAUUCCAGGAGCUAUCGGCGCACCUUUAAAUUAUAGAUCUACAGACUUCAGACCAGCAGCUGGGGGCCUUUCCACACCAGCAGGCCCACCUGUUCUAACCAGAAUGGCUCCUCCAGUGCCUCCCCGCCCCAUGCAGCAGUCAUAUCGUCCUUCCUACAGCUCUUUUACCUCCUCCUACAGUCCCUAUGGGAGCUCCCUCUAUGGUGGCUACAGUCCUUACAGCUAUGGCGGCAGCUAUGGCAUGGGAGGGUACAGCCGCUUCCCACACACAGAGGACGUCCCUCCCAGCCGCUUUGUACAGCAGGCGGAGGAAAGCAGCCGCGGUGCCUUCCAGUCCAUUGAAAGCAUCGUCCAGGCCUUUACCUCGGUCAGCAUGAUGCUGGACGCCACCUUUUCAGCAGUGUACAACAGCUUCCGCGCUGUGCUGGAUGUAGCCAACCACCUAACAAGGCUGCGUGCUCACUUCACAAGGGUUCUGUCAGCCUUCGCUCUGGUGCGAACGCUGCGCUACCUCUACAGACGCUUGCUGAGACUGCUGGGUAGAAGGUCAGAUACUGAUGUUGAAGACCUGUGGGCUGACAGCACAACGGAUGCCCUGGCUACAGCUGCAUCCAGGGGUUAUGGAGCAGGGGCUGAGGAUCAGAGUGUAAAGUCCUGGCCAAUCUUCCUUUUCUUUGCUGUAGUUCUUGGUGGACCCUAUCUCAUCUGGAAGCUGCUAAGCUCCACUGCAGGCUCUGAAGAAAGUGCCACUAACUGGGCCAGUGGGGAGGACGACCAUGUUGUGGCCAGAGCAGAAUACGAUUUUACGGCUUCUUCAGAGGAGGAAGUUUCGUUGCGGGCUGGAGACAUGCUUAAUCUGGCCCCUAAAGAGCAACAACCCCGGGUGCGAGGAUGGCUGCUGGCCAGCCUAGACGGUGAGACCACUGGACUCGUCCCCGCAAACUACGUCAAGAUCCUUGGAAAAAGGAGAGGCCGUAAGCACGCAGAGAUGGAGAGGCUCACUCAGGUUGAGCAAGGGAGCGUGCAGACAUCCCAGACAGCCUCACAGUCUGUUGCAGCCAGAGACUUCAGCUCUGACCUCGCCACAGCCUCUGCAGAGCAGCUCCUGGAGUCUGCAUACAGAGAAACUCCUGCUUCCUUUGAUCUGAGCACGUCGAGCUCCGACAUGCCAUCUACCACUGUGGUGAACGUGCCCGAAAAGACUGACCUCUGAAGGCUAUGUCUUCAUGUGUAGGGAUUUAUAAUUAACAAUGAAUAGCUCAGUCUGUGCUUGUUUGCAAUCUGUAACUCUUGAAGUUAACUAAAAUUCAAACGAUAGCAGUUGUAUUCACAAAGAAUCUCAUCAUAAACGCCUUAUUAGUUCUUAAUUUAAAAUAUCAAAAUCUGAAUUCAGGUUUUCUAAUGGAAAACUUUUAAAUAAAAGUAUUAGGAUAUCUUUACAUUUUCUCAUUCAGAGGUUGCACAAUAAAUGCUUGAGCAAGUUUCUUUUGCAAGGUCAUGAAAGAAUCUGGUAUGUUAUCAGUUUUUAGGAGAAUGAGUUUGAUAAUGUGAUUAUGUUAUCUUGUGAAGCUUGGGCUCUCUGUUGAUGGCCGCCUGGUCUUCUGUGUUGGCUUCUGUCUGGAACAAAUAUGAUUCAGAGUUGGAGAAGUGCAAUCUGCCUAAUUUCUUCACUUUAUCAGUCUCAGAGUAAUUUUGUAAAUAUUUAAUAUUAAU